AUGGGGGAGAUGAGCAGGCUCUUAGACUCGAGGAGGAGGCGGAUAGCUGUGCUGACAGCGGAGCUGUUUGACGCGAGGAAGAAGAUCUUCGAGAAGGACCUUCAGAUCGAGAACCUCAAGAUCCUCUCCAACAAGCCCGAGAGGAUGGAUGCUGUGAUCAGCCAGAGCUUUGCUCAGCCUCCCAUCUCAGCCAGGAGCGAGGACAAGGUGAGAGUUGAGCCUCUGACUCCCAGACCGACGAGGAGAGUUGGACCAGCAUCACCUGGGAAGAGCCGCAAGCCAGAGGUCAAGCGGAAUCAAGUUCUCUCCGUGCUCAAAGGCUUCACUGAGCGGAACAAAGACACUGUCGCCCAGAAUUCAGAGACGUCACAGAAAAUCCAAGAGCUCAACAACGAACUCGAAGAGCUGAGAUUGAGAAAUUCUGAACUUCAGGAUGAAAUCCAUGACCUCAAGUUCAAAGUCCAGCAGACCCCAGCACAACAUCAACAGACGCCCAAGUUCUUGGUCAAGAGUAACAGUCACAACCACCUGCCGGACGCUUCUUCUUUUCCGAGCUCGAUCUCUGCUGAGGUUGUGGAGAGGUUUCAGAUGUACGAGUCGAAGAUCUUGAGCUUGAAGGAAGAGCUUGCCAUGGCAAAGUCAGCGCAGGUUCUUGAAGCCAUCAGUGAGCAGAGCAGAGCUGAGAAGUCGGUGAGCGAGCAGCUCAUAGAAGCACAACUCAACUUCAACGACGCGAAGCUCGAGAUCAUAGAGCUGCAGCGUGAGAUUGUGGAGCUGAAGGGAGAGAUUGAGCUGAGAGACAAGAUGCUGGAGUUCAACAGCGAGAGAUCGAAAUCAAGGUUCGGGCGUGACGUCGAGAUGAAGAAGAACCAUGAGAACAAGGUCUUGGAGGACAGCAGGUAUCAGACCCUCCUCAGCAAGUACCGCAACAUUCAGAAGGAGGUGGCUACUUGCCGUCAGAUCAUCAGUGAGGAGCGCAAGACGAAGAAGCAGAUUGACCCCGGGCUGACGCUGAUCGAGUCGCAGCGAAGGCAGAUCAUGGAGCUCAAGGAGAAAGUGGACUCCAUGUGCUCAGACCCGCUGUCGAUCUUCAUUGAGUACCAUGGGGUGGAGACGAAGAGGAGCAGAUUCUCCAGGAGCUACCAGAUAGAAACAGAGAAGCUGAACCAUUUCUCCGACCUCCAGCAGAUCGCCAGCGCGUUCGAAGCGCACGUGAAAAUCCUGCAGGACGAGAUCUUCGAGCAGAAGAGUCGGGUGAGCCAGUGGCAGGAAGCCAAGUACGCAGUCGAUGCUGACCUGAAAAGGACGAAACAAGAGCUGCUGCAAGCCAAGGUCGAGAUCAAGAGGAUGCUUGGAAACGUCGACGUAAACGCGACUGAGGUGAGGGAGAAGCUGAGGGCAGCCAUGACGGAGCUGGCGCUGAAGCUCAUCGAGCUGGGAGGGCUGCAGAGGAGGAAGAGGAACGGCUACGAGUCAUACAUCGCUCUCGACACCCUCAACCGAGCCAUCAGCAUCAUCGAGAGCCUUCAUGGGGGCUCGCAGGUUGAGUGGCCUCCUCCUGAAAUGGUACCGCACAUCUCGCGCCUGGAGCUCUCGACCGUGUACACUCAGAUCGGGCUGACGCACUACGAGAACUUCAACUUCGUCGACGCCAAGAGGAUCCUGGAGCUCGCGCUCAACAUCCGCCGGCAGGAGGUCGGGGACGAUGACGUUCAGACCCAGAAGUGGAUCAGGUUCCUGCGCAAAUGCGAGACUGAGGGAGGAGGGUCGGGAUCGGAGACAAGCAGCCCAAUGGCUCGAGCUGAGUCUCCGAUGUUUGCGGGAGGACAUGAGGAUUCAAGCUUCUCCUCCCCUCCCCGCUGGGGCCAUCAAUUCAGAAGGGCCUCCAGUAAGCCUCGAGCCUCUUUCCAGCUGGAGCUGGACACGGAGCUGGAGCUGAAGGCGAUCUUUGGGCUCGGGGAGGGGACGGAGGGAGGGGAGGACGGAGGCUUGCUGUCUCCUCGACGGCCCGGCCCAAAAUUCCCCAAGAGGUCUGAGAAGCUCCAGAGUUCGUAUGACUUCGAGACGGCGGGAGGAGAGUGA